CUUUAUUGGAUGUUCAAUUUAAUUUGUAUUUUAAAUGUAAAAUGAAUUAAAAACAGCAGUAAUUUUAGAAUAAACAAUUCGGAGGCGGCAAUCUACAGAGGAUAUUAACAUCAAAACAAAAUGGCGACCGCUCAGCAACAAGGAAAUGCCCCAAACAAUUUAGAAACCCAAACGCAAAGCUCUAUGCCAUUACCCAUUAUGAAGUAUGUAAGCCAGUACACUGACGAAGCUGUGAAGAGAGGUACAGCUCCCAAACCCCCAGCUCCUGUACGUACUUCAUAUGAGAUGUUUGGGCAGGAAUGCCAUCAAGAUGAUGCAAUUAUAAGACCCCUUGAAACCCAGGGUCUGUCUCGCUUACACCCUGAAGUAUAUGACAAAAGAAACGAGCUGAAAAAGAUAAGCGUCUCAAUUCUGUGUAGUUUUCUUGACUUGCUUGAUGUCUUGGUCAAAUCUGGAAUGUCCACAGCAAGAGAUGAAAAAAUAGAGGAUUUGAAUCUUCUGUUCAUUCACAUGCACCAUCUCAUUAAUGAAUACAGGCCUCACCAAGCAAGAGAAACAUUGAAAGUAAUGAUGGCAUUGCAGAAGAAGAAUAUGAUAGAUGUGAGUGAAACUUUGUGCAAAAACAUGGACAAAGCAUCAGAGAUUCUGCACCAAUGUUCACAAGAACUGGCUGCAAUGAAAGUAAAGACUGAAGCUUCUACAAUUCUACCAAAUAACAGCAACCACAGUGAAGGCAUUGAUUCAAUGGACAUUGGAAGUGUUUUGGGUUUCGACUCGAGCAGUGUAAUUGACCAGUCCAACUCAAUGAUGGAGGUUGACUCUGGUUACCGUGAGAACAGCCAUAAUGAGGAAGACACCCAAGAUGAGAAAGACAUAAUAAUGUGCAGUUUUGUCGAUGGAAUGAAGGAAUGACGUCAGUGAUAUGUUAAACAAAAAGUGCACUAAAGAAAACAACUUCAAAAGUGCUGCUGCAAGAACGCCAAAGGAAAAUGAGAAAGUGCUCAAAAUCUGCAUCACAACAUCGUUCACACCAGACCAAUGAAACUUUUAAUAAGCUUUGUAAUACUCAAGUGUAAUAAAAUUCAAUCUAGCAGUGUACAGUGAAAAAUUAAUGAAACUAAAUCGUGAAAUGUUGGAUGCUUAUCUUCUUUUAUUCAUUUGCAGUUUCUUUUUCUGCAAGAAAUUUCAUUAUAAUUUUUUGUGUAAAUCAUAAAAAAAUGAA